ACAAGCUAAGCGACRGAAGAGAAGAGAAGUGAAGACAUGUCUUGGAGCCCACCGAGUAAUGAUUCUCCUGUGUCUUCAGGAAGCGAGGACUCAUCCUCCGAGGUGCAGAGUCAACUUCAGAGCGUGUUAGUGAGAGUUAAGAUUCAAGAACCAAGCAAGCAACCGUACGAGAAAAGAGUGAGGUUUAACAGCCUUGUGGAAGUUCGGUUCAUUCCUAAAGUGAAAUCAAAGAAAAACUCUGACAAGAACAAAGRCGACAAAAACAAAACUGAGCUAACUGAGAGUAUAGUGGUUGAAAACGAGAAAGAUGUUGCCAAUGGAAACGAUUCGAAUAUCUCGGAGGAAAAAAGYAAGGAGAGAAGUGAUCCAGAGAAAAAUACAACCACUGAAGACUGUAAAAUAGAAAGCAAAAAUAAGAAUGAGAAGAGCGUCGGUAAAAGUAGUGCUACAAAGUCUUUCGACGGUGGCGAAAUUCAAGUCAAUGUUAUAGCACGUGAAGGGUUGUGUUUACCUAAAGUAACUAUCGGCCAGGAAUAUGAAGGAGAUAAAAUGCGCACARCUAAAGCUGUUCCUAAGUUACAACCGAGGAACUCAAUACAUAGGUAUCUGAGACGAGGAAACAAUGAGUCCAGGAUGRAUAGCUUGAGCGCUAAGGCUGUCAUCCAUCUUGAAAGACAAGCGAUGGAAUACUACAAGGAGGCAAAUGCGAUGCUGUUUGGGCAAGAAGAGAAGAAAGAAGAUAUAGAGAACCAACAACCACAAARUACACCUAGAAGUAAGUCUUCGUCAGAUAAUGUUGGAGAGUAUCAARAUGGAGAGAGCAAUCGACUUUAUCGAAGCAAGAGUUUACCUGAAUUUAGAAGAUCGAGUUUGCAAUUARUCGACGUUAAAGAAGCCAAGGAAAGCGAAAAGGUACGUCCAAUGACGGAAGAGACASGGAACAACGAGAAUAUGAAUAAACUCUCGACUUCUCUCCCUUACAUCGACAUCACACCAAAUCUAACAGGAAAAUCGAAACAGGAUACAAAGGAGUCCUACACGAAACUUUAUUUACCUCAACUGCACAGAAGAAGCGAGGAAAUUAAAAGACUGAAUGAAACUGUGCUUAAGAAGAAACCUAAGUAUAUUUCCGAUAAACAACCAAGCUCGCCGAACGAGUCGAACUCUCCGCUUGGUUUUGGAGUGGAAAAGAAAAAUGAUAAAACAGAAAGCCCACCACCAGCGAGUUCGCAUUCUAUAAUACGAUACUCGCACGGUCUUGAUAUUGCACGGCUGCUUAACACAGCACAUCUUUCCUUCUGAUGUCUGGUAAUGAGGGCCAGUGGUAGAAUAGCAGGGAGAAGAAACGGAAAAAGGGUACACGAGGUGCACAACGUUAUAGGAUUUGAGGUGUAGAGAAUGUUACAAUUAUUAACUC